UUUCUGAUAGAAUGAAAUUCGCGUUGAACUUUCUCUACAGAUAAACCAUCAAAUCCAAACUGGACUUUUGAAGAUGCGUGAGGAACCUUUGCAAAUGUUGAAAAGUUGUAAUGAAGCUUUAAUGAGGCUUAAGGACCUAAUGAAAGAGGAAAGCAGUGUACAGCAAGGUGACCACACUAAAGAGGAAAGCAGUGAACAGCAAGGUGACCACACUAAAGAGGAAAGCAGUGAACAGCAAGGUGACCACACUAAAGAGGAAAGCAGUGAACAGCAAG